AUGGAUAUCAAAGGUUGGUGCAAUUCUGGCAGGAGAACAAUCCAAUUGGGGAAGAGUUACAAUGAGAUUGAGCAUAUAAACUCGCUAUCAGCCACUGGAACAAGCAAUAAGUUGAGGUGGAAAUUGUUGUGGAUGAAGCUCAAGAAAGAGAAGAAGAAGAUUUUUGAGUCUGCAUCAUCCUUUCAGGUCCCUUAUGAUCAAUACACUUACUCUCAGAAUUUCGAUCAAGGGACUGCACUUGAUGAACCAGAUAAUCUUUCUAGAUCUUUCUCUGUUCGGUUUGCUGAUCCUUCCAUUGUACUUGUGAAAAGAAAAGGGUAG